AUGGCUAGAUUAGCCAAAGAAAAGGAGCAAGCAGAAGAAUGUCAAAGAAGGGCGGAGUCUCGCGUACCGAAGUCAAAAGAACAAGACAAGGAUUGGGUGGUAGACAGGAACCAGGAAGACCUUCAGGAAGAGCAAGAUAGCAAUGUGGAUGCGGAUGGGGAAACUGAUUUGGACACAGCUGAUGUGAAACCUGCGGAAGUCAAGAGGAAAGAGUUGGAAAAGAUGUAG